UUUCCAAGAUGACUUCUUGACACUAUGACCUAUUCCAUCUUAAUCUUUUUUCUUCUCCGUCCUGCUACUCAUCUCAUCGUUCCUUCAUCUUCUUAUUUGAUUGAUAUCAUCGUCUUUUCGAUUUUAUCUCACUCCCUCAUCGAUAUGAUGAUAUUCUAAUCUAAUAACAGUGUCAGCGAUUCUUUACGACGUUACGAACCUUCAUGGCCUUCCGAAGAUACCCUCAAUUUUUACGACCCUACUCAUUUUAAUCCCGAGUCUUCCGUUUUCUCCCAAUUUAACUUUCGUCUGAAUUCCUUCUUCAUUGCGUUUUUUUCUCGCCUUUUCACCACCGCGAGACGGCUAGACCGUCGUGAUGGAUCAACCACCACCACCUCCGCCACAUGGCAAUAAUCCCAGGCCGACAAAUCCAAAUCCCAACCUUCCACCCGGCAAAUAUGAUAUAUUUAUCAUACCACCGCAUUCAUCCGGGUCGGGUUUCCUCUAUCUCCCAUCGCUGAAGCCGAACCUGAAUAGUUUCGCCGCGGGAUUUGCCAGCGCUUUGGUCUUAGUUGUCCUCGGCCAAAGCAUGGCACCUGCUUUUCGGGUAUGGUACAAUAACUUCCAGGGAAUGGGAAAUAUGGGGAUGGCGUUGUUGGUAAUAGGGGUUGGAGUCGGAGCGUGGUCUCUGGGAAGAACACAACAAGGUGGCGGUCCAAUACCUGGAGGAGGUGGUCCCGGCCCCGGUUCUGGAGAAGGCGGCGGAGGGAAUUUCUAUGGCCGAUAUGGUCCUGGAUUUGGAGGCUAUGGUGGCGGUCCGAAUCCCAAUGCCGGCCCACCUCCCAACGAUGAUAUGCCUCCGCCGCCUCCUCCUCACGGCUCACCCCCACCUCCUAGACCGACACCUGGUUCACAGAACAGGGGAGGUCCGCAGCAGUCGUGGCAACAAGAUCCGCAGGACGAAGAACCGAGAGAAUCGCCCACACCGCCUCCCCGACGACCACGCCAAGAGACACCCGAAGAACCCCCUAAGCCGAAACCUAGGGAACCUUCCCCAGAGCCUCCUAAGGAGCCCCCCAGGCCGUCUCCUAAGAAGAAGUCUAAGGAACCCCCUAGGGAAGCCCACAAGACUCCUAAGAAGCCGCCGCGAGAGCCGCCGAAGGAAUCGCCAAAGGAACCGCCUGAGGAACAGCCUAAGGAACAACCCAAGGAACAACCUAAGGAACCGCCAAAGGGUGCGUGGGAGAAGGCAAGAGAAGAAACCAGACGAAAGGAGGAAGAACGAAAGGCUAAGGAAGAGGAGCGAAAAGCCAAGGAGGCCGAGCAACGUAAAAGGGAUGAGGUAACCAAACGUCUUAGGGAAUUGCGCGAAAAGGAAGCCCGUGAGCGUGCUAGACGCGAACAAGAGUUGUAUGAGAGACGAGAGCGUGAUGCGCGCGAGAAAGAACAACGAGAACGUGAACAACAAGAAAGGGAACGGGAGCGACAAGAAAGAGAGCAGAGGGAGAAGGAGCAGAGAGAGAGAGAACAAAGGGAAAAUAGACUCCGAGAAGCUCGAGAACGACAACUUCGCGAGAAGCUCGAAGAAGAACGGGCACGCCGAGAGAGGCUUGAGAGAGAAGUCCAGGAAAAGGAAGCGAUACGAGCCAGAGAGGCAGCUGAGGCAGCACGGUUGAAGGCAGCAGAAGAGGCUAGGUUGCGAGAGGCCCAGGCAGCUAAGAUCAGAGAGCAAGAAGCCGCUAAGGUUAGGGAAGCGGUGGCUGCUAAGGUUCGAGAGAUGCGAGAGAAAGAGGCUGCUAGGCAGCGGGAAGCCGAAGCUGCUAGACAAAAGAAGCAGGAGGAGGAAGCAGCGAGGAUAAGAGAAGCCGAGGCAGCAAGGUUGAGAGAGCAGGAAGCAAAGGAGGCUGAGAGCAGGAGAGGUGCAUAUGCGUUCUCGUCAGUGGGUGAAAAGACUAACCCUUGGCCGAACGGAAAACCACCUAUGCCACCUAUGCCUGCGUCUCCCAAACCAGCCCCAAGUACUACGUCUAGUAAACACACCACCACUCAGAGUACUGCUUCUAGUCGACCGCCACCAGCAGCAUCAGCAACCCCAAGACCAAGCCCGACACCAAGUGCAAAGGCACAAAGCACCAGGGCACCCAGCGGAGUCAACGAAGAGACGUAUUCGUUUCGACCAUACGACCAGCCUAAGAGCCAUGGUCGAAAAAAGUCGAACGAAACAGCCUUUACAGGAUCGUCAUAUGCCCCAUCGCAGGCCCCGUCGCAUUCGACUGCACGAACAACGCCUCCACCAUCCGAACGAGCCCCUUACGAGACCAACGAUCCGAAAAAGAUUGUCAUCAAAGCUGUUUAUGGUUUUGUCAAUCAAUUUUCCAAGACACCGGCGUCUCAGCUUAUUUCUGGCUAUAGUCCAGUCACAGACGGUUUGAUUCUUCGCAUAUCUUCGGAAGGCAUCUUCAUCGACGAUGAUGUCCGUAACGAGCCGCAACGAGAUUGGGAUGUCAAAGCCUGGACCCUUAAGACUGUUGAGGUAUGGUGCCCGUCGCAUUGUGUCACAGAAACCGCCACAGCCGCCGCCAAAGCGCCAUCCAGAACUCAUCGCUUCCGAUCGACGAUACGUGGCGACCCGAAAACGCUAACGGGCGACGAUGCCGCGGUGUGUGUCGCCGAGCUCUCACAUUCUUGCAAGAACGAAUGCCGCUAUUCUGCUCAGAACGCACGAAGCGCCACGUCGUCGUCAUUUGUUAGCAGCGCUAGGCGACGUGGCUUGCAUCUAAUGCGCGCGACAGUCAGAGACCAGGACGGCAGAAGACACUUGUUCGUCAUCGACGGAGAAGAGGGCUGGAAGUUAGCUGAAGGCCUCACUCAACUGCUCAGAGGUUCUCAACACAGGCAGCUAGGCAUCCAAUGUAUGGCAAAGACCGAAGCCCAAACCAUACUUGAGACUCUUGGCUGGUGACUAAAGGGGACGCUGGUGGCAACCGGCAGUACUUAUGGGAUAUCAUCUGGCAGGCGAUGGGCGACUGGAAUGUUGAAGUCGUUGUCGCAUUCCACCGCCGCCAGGCUCCACUCUAUUGGAUGGACUUACCAUCCCUUCUUGGUCAAUACUUAAUCGUUCAUUCUUCCUACCCAAUGCAUUGGCGAUGCGCGGCGGCGUACGGUUUAGUUAGUCUAAAUUUGCAAAACGGAGAGCGCAAUUUCUUUCUGCGUAGCGGAGGACCUGGCAUCAUAGCACGGAAACCCCCGUGUAGAGAGUUAGUUGAGAUUGCCACCGAUUGGUCAAUUAACUGGAUAUAUACCACCACUGAGACAAUGAAAAUACAUUGAUACGAAA